AUGAAUGAAUCCAUCGAAAUGUAUAGUAAACGUGUACAAAAUCUGCUACGACAAUUAGCCACGACAAAUGAAUGGAGUCAGCGAGCUGAUGGUAUGCUGACGGUAUGUGCUCUGUGUGGACAUGGUGGACAUAGCGAACAUAUGGUGAUUUGGUUCAAGGAAAACAACUGCUGUGCAUACGGUUGCGGAUGCGAUUACACCACCAAAAAUAAUACAAUUUUUGCCAUGCUCAGCAAUGCUUGGCAGGCUGUUCAUUAA